GCCGGUGCCGGAGCCAUGGCGGGGCCGGUGCUGGCGGUGCUGGCGGGGCUGUGGGCGCGGGAGGCGGCGGCGGGCGGGGAAGUGGUGCCGGUGCAUCCCGGGGCCCUGGAGGAGGAGAUCGUAUCGGAGAAGGCGGCGGAGGAGAGUCACCGGCAGGACAGCGCCAACCUGCUCGUCUUCAUCCUGCUGCUCACCCUCACCAUCCUCACCAUCUGGCUCUUCAAGCACCGCCGUGCCCGCUUCCUCCAUGAGACUGGACUGGCCAUGAUCUACGGGGUGCUGGUGGGAGUGGUGCUGCGCUAUGGCAUCCACGUCCCCAGCGACGCCAACAACGUGACGCUGAGCUGCCAGGUGCAGACCAGCCCUGCCACGCUGCUGGUCAACGUCAGCGGCAAGUACUACGAGUACACCCUGAAAGGGGAGAUCAGCGCCCACGAGCUCAACAACGUCCAGGACAACGAGAUGCUGAGGAAGGUGACGUUCGAUCCUGAAGUGUUUUUCAACAUCUUGCUUCCUCCAAUUAUCUUUUAUGCAGGCUACAGCUUGAAAAGGAGGCACUUCUUCAGAAACCUGGGAUCCAUCCUAGCCUAUGCCUUUCUUGGCACUGCAAUUUCCUGCCUGGUCAUCGGCUCUGUGGUCUAUGGCUGCGUGGCGCUGAUGAAAGUCACCGGGCAGCUCGGGGGAGACUUCUACUUCACUGACUGCCUCCUGUUUGGUGCCAUCGUGUCAGCUACUGACCCAGUGACUGUUCUUGCCAUCUUCCAUGAACUCCAGGUUGAUGUGGAACUCUAUGCCCUUCUCUUUGGCGAAAGCGUCCUCAACGAUGCCGUUGCCAUAGUGCUGUCCUCUUCCAUUGUUGCAUACCAGCCAGCGGGAGACAACAGCCACACGUUCGAUGUCACAGCGAUGUUCAAGUCCAUUGGGAUAUUCCUGGGGAUAUUCAGUGGAUCUUUUGCAAUGGGAGCAGCUACUGGAGUUGUGACAGCUUUAGUCACCAAGUUCACCAAGCUUCGGGAGUUCCCAUUGCUGGAGACUGGCUUGUUCUUCUUGAUGUCCUGGAGCACCUUCCUGCUGGCUGAAGCAUGUGGCUUUACAGGUGUGGUGGCUGUACUCUUCUGUGGGAUCACACAGGCCCAUUAUACCUAUAACAACUUAUCUACAGAGUCCCAACACAGAACUAAGCAGUUGUUUGAGCUUCUGAAUUUCUUGGCAGAAAACUUCAUCUUCUCCUACAUGGGUCUUGCACUGUUCACCUUCCAGAACCAUGUCUUUAACCCUACUUUUGUGGUAGGGGCUUUUCUUGCUAUCUUCCUAGGAAGAGCUGCCAAUAUUUACCCACUGUCAUUUUUGCUGAAUUUGGGGAGAAGAAAUAAGAUUGGAACGAAUUUGCAGCACAUGAUGAUGUUUGCUGGGCUGCGAGGAGCCAUGGCCUUCGCCUUGGCCAUCCGUGACACGGCCACCUACGCCCGGCAGAUGAUGUUCAGCACCACGCUGCUCAUCGUCUUCUUCACCGUCUGGGUGUUCGGGGGAGGCACCACAGCCAUGCUCUCCUGCCUCAACAUCCGGGUGGGUGUGGAUGCAGAUCAGGAGAACGUGGGCGUCCCCGAGAGCGAGAGGAGGAGUACGAAGGCAGAAAGCGCUUGGCUCUUCCGCAUGUGGUACAACUUUGAUCACAACUAUCUAAAGCCUCUGUUGACACACAGUGGUCCUCCUCUGACGACCACCCUCCCAGGGUGCUGUGGACCUAUUGCCCGGUGCCUGACGAGUCCACAGGCGUACGAAAACCAAGAGCAGCUGAAGGAUGACGACUCUGACCUCAUUUUGAACGACGGGGACAUCAGCCUGACCUACGGGGACUCCACUGUCAACACCGACUCGGUGGCUUCCAGCAGCACGUCGCGGCGCUUCGUGGGCAACAGCUCCGAGGACGCCCUGGAUCGGGAGCUGGCCUUUGGAGACCAUGAACUCGUCAUCCGGGGAACACGCCUGGUCCUGCCCAUGGACGAUUCGGAGCCACCCUCAAACAUCCUGGAUAAUGCCAGGCACGGCCCUGCCUAGGGGCUCCUGGCUGUGACUUGACCGUUGGUAUUUGCAUCUAUGAUCCAGAAGUAUGUCGCUACCUAAAGUCUAAUGCAUGUCUCCAAAUGUCUAAGCUGUAUCAAUAUUAUUUAUAUGGUGUCAGAAGAAUCUCAAUAUUCUCUGCCAGGCACUUGUUAAAAAAAAACAAAACACAACAAAAAAAAACCAACAAAGGAACAAGCUGCAAACCUUUCAGUUACAAAACUGUUGUGGACCGCACUGUGUAAGGUGGAACUGUUUUAGCCUCAGAGUCUUUUUGCACACAGUGAGCUUCUUUUUAAACGUGUGGUUUGCUGAAGGGUUUGAGUUCCCGGCAGGCUGAGUAAAGGAGGUGGUUCCCUGCUCAUCCUUUGAGCCUGGGAGAGGAGGAUGGGAGCAGUGGAAAUGGCUUUCUGUUCGGCUGAGGAUUGUAUCAUUGCUUUGGUUUUGGUUUGUUUGGAGUUUUGCAUGGUCGCCUUUGGCUUGUCAGCAAAACCAAAUCUGCCUGCUGACCCUCUCGCCAGGCAGUGGCCAGAGAGAAACUCCUUCAGUUUGUGGGAAGCUGAGCUGGCAGCUGGAGACUUUCUGCUUUUCAGUGACCCUCUGCCCAAGGCUGGCUAGCGGCAGGCGCCGGCCAAAGCUGAGAGCCAGGGCUGCGUGUGCCUGGCUGCUCGGAUGGGAGCAGGAGGAAGGGAUGGUUUGUAUCUGGAGUCGUGUUCAGGAGAAGGAGGUGAUCCAGCAGCAGCUACACCAGGUAUGCCACAGAUGUUUUUUUUAGGGCUGAGGCCAUCUUCUCAGCUUUCUAGAAGCAGCCAUCAAACCCUCGAUUGGCAACUAGAUUCCACCUUCGGGGAAGUGCCCUUGUGCCCGUGUGAGCCAACCUCUUCUGCUGUGGUCACGGGCACUGCGGGGCCCAGCCAGCCUCCUCCACGAGCUUUACGGCUCCAGCUUGAGACGGUACCUCCGGACCUCUCCAGAGGGACUGAGCCACCUGGGUGGCACCGAGGGGGGAGUUGUCCAUCCAUCUGUCCAUCCUCCUAUACAAGUCAGAAGUCGUUGCACUUUGUUUAAUAACUCUUUAGCAUGCUGCGUGUCUGGGAGCCCCACCCCACCCCUCUCAUCUCUUUUAACCAUUGGAGCAGAAAUGUUUGUGAGUUGAUGAUUUGAUUUGAUCUCUUUUUUUUCGGGGGGGGUGGGGGGAGGGAGGGGUAAAAUGUUGUUUUAUUUUUGAUGUUUUCAAUGUUUUCUUUCCCAAGGAAGAGCACACAGAACAAUUAGCAAUUUUAAGCUAGUCUUAAAGGAUUUACUCUGUAGUUACAGGAAUGGUUAAAGGUGCAGUGAAAUUGUUAACCUUGACAUCCUUCUCUCUCUCUUUGUUGUUUUGUGUCCUGAAAAGGGGAGGGAGGGGGGGAAAGAAAUCACAGGAAUGUGCUGUUUAUAGUUUUGUUGUCCUGUUUGAGCUUCAGUUUUGCUAUACAAACCUUUCAGGUUACAGACCUGUCCUGGGGUUAACCUUGUCCAGAGGGUUGAGGCAGAGGCAUUGUGAAAGAGAAUAUAUGGGAAAAAAAAAAGAGCUGGGUGAGUCCAGGCACUCUCACAGCUCCAGUUGACUUCCCUUGGAAUAAACCCUGCAACUCUCAGGAUCCAACCCUGAGACCUCAGAGCAGUGUCCCCAUAGCUGUUCUCCUCAGCACCACUGGAGAGAGCUGGAGGAGCCAGGAAAACAGGGAAAAUUCCAAGGGUGCAUGUACAGUGGAGGAAAGGAAUUUACACUUCUUUCGUUGUCCUUUCAUUUUCUCAGGUCUAAGUAACGUUGCCUUAAAUUUACAGCCCUGAAAGUAAUUAUUUAGGCAGUUUAUCCCCAAGGAAGUGUUUGGGUUUGUUUUGCUUUUGUUUCCUUUCAUGUCUAAGUGUUGCCAUAGGACUCCUCUGGAAGUUGUGUGAGGGGAAGUCAAGCUGUGUUUUAAUUCAGACAGGGCAUCUUCCUUGCACCGGUAAGUGGCAGUCUCGUUGUUAAUGUAGCUGUUGGAUUAGCAUUAGCCUCUUUGUUUCCUGCUAUGCAGGAAUUCCAUAAAGUGUGUGUUUUAUAUGAUGUCUGUAACUUAACUUCAUGUGUUUAAAACAAACAAAAACAAGAAAAGAAAAAAAAAAGGUACCUGCUGACUUCAGGUUUACUGCAUCACUUCAGCAUCCUGGAUUUUGGGUUGCCUUCUCGGAGAGGUAUGAUAACUACCUACCUCUUGUGGUCGAUUUGGUUUGGUUUGGUUUUUUUUCCUCCCUCUAUGAUCUCUGAAUUCAAUUUACAAAGCUGACAUUGGUGCAGCUGGAGGUGCAGGGUGGCUCUGCUCUCCCCCUGCCAGCCCAAGGUCCCGUCAGCAUGCACUGGGCACAGGGUUCCCUCCUAGCUGCGAUGCAGAUCAGCAGCUGAGCGCUGUGAGAUGCUCAUGGUGUGAGGUUUGACCCUAGCCUUGGUGGCACUCCUUUUCUCUGACUCUUUGGCCUAGGGUGGUUUCUUCACUCUCUUUAAGCUUGCCAACACAUCACCAUAAGCCUCAUCUUUUGAGGCCAGUGACACUUCAGUUAGUACCUUCAAGGGAUAAAUCCCAAGUUACCCAAAGUUGAUUUUAAUGGGUUACCUCUGAACUUUAGUGAUCUAUACAGAACAUAACCAGGACUGUUUGGAAUAGUCUUAGGGGGAAUGAAUGAAUGAAUCCAAGCUGAAAUUCAGGAGUGAUUUAACAAAUGGCUCAGAUUCCUUCUCAGCUGAUUACUUCCUUCAUCCUGCUGUAGCAGAGAGCACAGGAGUGCCUGGGGUUCAGGUGCAGAGUCCUGAUGGAGCGAAGGGUACCCCGAGACCUUCUGCCAAAUAGAUGAGAGAGCCCCGAGGAGGCAGUUUAUGGCUCCCACCAAGAUGCAGAGAAGGUGCCCUUCUUCUGUGAGUUGUACUCCCAUGGGUUUUGCACAUGGAAGAAGCAUUGUAGGUAAAAGUUCUGUUUCAUCCUGGUACUGUCAGUUUGUGUGGCAAUGGCGUUAACUCUGUAGCUGUGGUGUUUGUGCAGCCGAUCCGUGGUAGCUGAUGAUCACUGUUGGACCUUCUGUUUACACUGACUAAAUCCUUUUCCUGUUGCAUUGUACUGUGAAAGAAGGAUUCUGGGCCUAUCAAAGACUUCUUCUUCUGUUUCCCUCUGGAAUUCCUGUGUGCACCGUUCCAUUCAUUCACACAGAAAUAAAUCUGUAGCACCAUG